CGCGCAACGGAAACAACAUCAGUCAGUUGUCGUUCGAAGAGUGUGGAUAGAGAGCAUUUGACACACAAUUUUUCGUCAGCAUGAGACACAUACUAAGUGUUAUUCUAGUUUCGGGCAUUCUAUGUCACACACAUGCAUGCCUUCUUCAUAAAGGAUGUGGUUGUUCUGGCGGAGACAAAGAUGGUUUCAAAGGCAAUGACGUCUUCAAAGGACACGGCGGUUUCAAAGGAAACGGUGGCUUCCAUGGCAAUGGCGGCUUCCAAGGAGACGCUGGCUUCCAAGGAAACGGUGGCAUUCAAGGAAAUGGCGGCUUCCAAGGGAACGGUGGCUUUCAAGGAAACGGCGGCAUUCAUGGAAAUAUAAAUUUUAACCAUGCACAACCUGGUCAACCCAGCAUUUGCUCGUGUGUUCAACAGGCAGUAUUGCCCGCAAAGGUAUAUCCACUUCCACCAACAGCCGAUGGACAAUUUCCUCCACAUUCAUUCCCACCAAACGGACUUCCGCCAAAUUCACAGCAGCCAGGAUCGUGUUCAUCUGGCUCAUUUCCACCAGGAUCGUAUCCACCAGGCUAUCCCUUUCCACCAGGUUUCCAAAUAGGACCCUCGCCACCUCUAGCACCAAUUACACCAGCCCCAUUGACACCAAAUCCAGGAUCAAAUAAUAUUCCAUGUAUGCCAGGUGUUUCAGGUGUUCCACUAGUUUGCAGUUGCGGAGCAAACGGCGCACCAGCUGCAGGAGUAGGAAUAGACAUAAACACUUCUGGACCGUCAUUUGAUGGAUCAUCUCAACACGGUUCAAAUUUCGGAGGAUCAUUUGACGGGCCAUCGCAUCACGGUUCGAAAUUUGAAGGAUCAUUUGAUUUACCAUCGAAACACAAUUCGAAAUUCGGAUUGGGUCUAGGAUGUUUAGAUGGAUCAUUUGGUCUUUUUGGAGGUCUCAAUGGCGGAGGUUCAAAAUGUACAGUUUGUGCUCAAUUGCCUAGCUUUCUUGCCAAAGGUAUUGCGAAAUGGAAAUGCAAAAAGGGCUGUAGUGGAUUUGGCGGCGGUGGUCUUGGUGGUGGUCUUCAAAUCAAAUGCGAUGGUGACGAAGAUUUUGUCACAAUUAGUUAAGAUUUUUUUCAACAAACUGCACAGUUUGUUGUUUAUAGUGACUGAUCUCACGAAUAUUUCAACAAUUUCUCAAUGUUUUUCUUUAGUGCACGAUUUCGAUUUCAUUAGCGCGCGCACAUUUUUAUAACAAUAACAUCAAUUCGAUGAUAACAUCUAGAGGAAAACAUUUUGGGAAUGAAAUAUUCCGAAUAUGUUGUAAAUUUGAUAAUUUUAUUUGUCUUGUGAGCACACACACAAACACACACACAAAAUUUGUAUAAUAAAGUGACAAUGUCAAUAUUGAAAUUA